AGUUUUUGGUCACAGAGAGCCACUUUUUCCUGACUCUACUUCUGGCUCCUUCCAAGUCUCAUCAUCACAACCAUCUCAGCUUCUCUCUUCAAUCACUUUCCUUGAAAACUUGCGCAAUAAUUUCAAUUCCAAGGCUUCUUUCUCUCUCAAAUGGCAGCCUUUUCGUAUCAGCACCCACCUUUAUUUCUUGACUCAGUUAUCUUGCCAAACAUGACCACACCUAUUAUGAACAUGAACAACAGCAUGUGUUGGUUUUAUGAUGAAGCUGGAGGCAUCAAUACCAACAGUUUUUAUCAAGUUUACCCUCCUGAAACUUUUCAUGAAGCUCCUCUUGAUGUUAGAUUCCAUGAAUUUAGCCAUCAUGAUCAUAGCUCUAAGGUGUCUCUUAGUGAUAAUGAGACUUCCUUGACUAAAAAACAGAGCACAGGCUCCUCAACUGUGGUUGAUAAGCUUGAAACUGGUGAGCAAGUUACUCAAGAAGUGACGCCCGUGGACAGGAAGAGGAAAACUACUAAUGGGUCCUUGAAUUCUGCUCAAUCAAAGGAUGUUAAAGAAGUGAAAAGCAAGAGACAAAAGAAAUGCAGAGGUGACAUGAAACAAGAAGAGAAGAGGCCAAAAGCCGUGAAGAAAGUUCCUGAAGAGCCUCCAACAGGCUACGUUCAUGUAAGAGCAAGGAGGGGCCAAGCAACAGAUAGCCACAGCCUUGCAGAGAGGGUAAGAAGAGAGAAAAUCAGUGAGAGAAUGAAGAUGCUACAACGCCUUGUUCCUGGCUGUGACAAGGUAACUGGGAAGGCCCUUAUGUUGGAUGAGAUUAUUAAUUAUGUUCAGUCCCUACAAAAUCAAGUGGAGUUCUUAUCCAUGAAGCUUGCCUCUGUUAAUCCCAUGUUCUAUGAUUUUGGAAUGGAGCUUGAUGCAUUCAUGGUCAGACCAGAGAGAUUAAGUAGCAUGUCUCCACCACUGCCAUCUCUGCAGCAAUGCAGUCCAAUCCAACCCACAGCCUUUGCUGACGCCGCCGCCGCCGCCACCACCGCUACUCCUACUACCUCCUUUGCUACAGCAAAUAACUAUCCUCUUAUUGAUAAUUCAACUUCACUUUUACUUCAAGGAAUGAGGCCUUCUGCCUUCACUACUGAGGAUAGUUGUAACCUAAUGUGGGAUGUGGAUGAGCGAAGACAAAAGUUUCUUAGUCCAUCUGGGCUCACCAGCAACCUGUGUUCUUUCCAUUAAAUAGAUACCAAGAGCUGCCCUACAAACAUCUGCUUGCAAGGAGAUGUCAAAGCCAAAAAAAAAAAAAACUAACCAGGGGAAACUAAGAAAUCAACAGGAAGAGAUGAAAAACUCAAAGCAAAGCUGCAUUGGUUCGAGCAUAAGUUCCAAUGGAAGAAUUCAGGCUUGCUUCUUCACUUAUUUAAAGCUCUGGUUCCAAGUCCAAUAGAAUGAAAGUGGCAUCUAAAACAUGAAUAAAGGGCAGCAACACCAAUGGAUGAAGAGCACUAAGAGACAUGUAGAACCGACCAAAUAAGACCAGAUCUUUUCGUAGAUCCCUUGUUCCUGUCCAUUUUGAACCCUUAAAGUCUUGCUCGCACAAAUUCCAAAGACCCCUUUAUGGUGGUUAAGCCCUAGCUAGACACUUUUUUCCAUGUAGUUCAUAAUAAACAGUACUGAUUGAAUUAUUGUGGUUAAUCUUCAGUCAUUCUGUUAUUACAGUUAUUUUUACUGUUUCUUCCCUCCUCUUUCAUGGAAAGAGAGAGCGUGAAUGAGAGGUUAAAAUGACUAGAUAAAAGAUGCUGUUACUGUAAUUGACACGACUAGUACUUAUGCAUCUGUUCUUGUUAUCGUUGGCUUUAA